AUGAAAUCCGAGGGAGUCCGGCGAUACAGAUGCGAACCACGACGUCAAAUUUGCAGCACAAAUAAAAUGAAUGAAUGCAUAAGAAGAAAAGCGCUAGACCUUCACAACCAUUUUAGAUCGAGGUUGGCUCGAGGUAAAGUCAGAUGGAGAAAUCGUGAGCGCUUACCGCAGGGAGCAGCGAUAUUAAAAUUGAAAUACGACUGCGAUCUUGAAAGGGAUGCCCGUUUCACUAUGAAAAAAUGCAAGAGAGAUGAGAUAGAUUACAAGGAGAUGACUGGCGAAGAAUUGAACAUUGACAUUAUAGAUCACUCCUUAGCAGGAAGUAGAUUGCAAGCGUUGAAAGUGGCUAUCUAUAAGUGGUGGUAUACAGUAAAAGAGCACGAUCCAAUCAAAGGGCUUAUGUUUACGAAAGACAUGGAAAACAAAACUAUUAAGACUUUUACUCGGAUGGCUUGGGACACCACAUCACAUAUUGGUUGUUAUGUGCGGAAUUGCAGUGACGGCUAUCACGUGUCUUGUGUAGGCAACAUCUUGAACGAUCUGAUCUACGAAAAAGGCAGAGCAUGCAGCCUAUGUAGAGAGUUCGAUUUGGCAUGCGGCCGAGAAACACGACUUUGUAUUGAGAAGAAGAAAACAUCAAAACGAUUUGGUACCACAGCAUUAACACGUCCUCGCUGA